UUCUAACUUGUCUCCAGGUCUGCAUCAGAGAGUUGUUGAACAGACCUGAUCAGAGUCGGUGUGGACUAAAGGAAGCUGUCAUUGAGCUGUCCGGAGGAAAGCUGCAGAACCUGGAAACACAUGAUCUGAGAAGGUCUUUCCUGUCCUCUGGUGUGCUGGUAUCAGGAUGCAGCUCUCGGUCAGACUGAGUGUUUCCUUGCUGGCCUUUGUUCUCAUCACCUUGCUCCCUCAAACAGCACAAGGUCAAGCUACGACACCACGGAGAUUUCGUGCAAAAGUCCUAAGCCCAAACAAGGUGGAGGUGUCAUGGAAGGAGCCAAAAGGAGAUUAUGAUGGCUACAGAGUCAUGUACACCACACGCCCAGGUGGAAAGCAGAAGGUGGUGCCGCUGUCGAAGCAGGAUAUCAAACUCGUCAUUGAAGAUUUUGACCCCUCAAAGGAUUAUAUAUUUAAGAUCUUCGCUGUGAAAGGAGGACAGGAGAGUAAACCUCUUCAGGGAAAACUUGAAGCCCAGCGAUCAAACGUCGAGACGACACAAUCCCAGACAAGACAAAGUGGUGAUGUCACACGGGAGAAUAACGAGAUCUCAGAAGCCGAUGAUGGAUUCGUGUGCAAGACUCCCGCCAUAGCCGACAUUGUGAUUCUGGUGGACGGCUCUUGGAGUAUCGGACGAAUCAACUUCAGGCUGGUUCGAACCUUCCUGGAAAAUCUCGUCAGAGCCUUUUCAGUGGAGUUUGACAAGACCAGAAUUGGUCUGGCUCAGUACAGCGGUGACCCCCGGAUCGAAUGGCAUCUCAAUGCCCACACCACCAAAGAGGCUGUGAUAGAUGCUGUGAAAAACCUGCCGUAUAAAGGAGGGAACACGCUAACAGGUUUGGCUUUGACCUACAUCCUGGAAAACAGUUUCAAAACUGAAUCUGGGUCCAGACCCGGCGUUCCCAAAAUAGGAAUCCUCAUCACUGAUGGGAAAUCCCAAGACGACGUGAUUCCCCCCGCACAGAGCCUGAAGGAUGCCGGAAUAGAAUUGUUCGCUAUCGGUGUGAAAAAUGCUGACGAGAAUGAGCUGAAGUCCAUCGCCUCUCCUCCGGAGGCAACCCACGUCUACAACGUUGCUGACUUCAGUGUGAUGAGUGACAUAGUAGAAGGGCUCACCAAGACGGUCUGUGAACGAGUGGAUCAGCUCGACAAACAGAUAAAAGGAGGAGGAGAGCCUGCCCCACCUCCCACCUCCAUAGCUCCUCCCCGUGACCUUGUGACCUCUGAGAUCACAGCUCGCAGUUUCCGUGUGACGUGGACCCACGCAUCAGGCAAUGUGGAGAAGUACCGCGUGGUCUACUAUCCUGCCAGUGGAGGACGACCAGAAGAAAAGGUGGUCCCGGGCACGGUGAACAGUGUUGAGCUGGACUACCUCAACUCCCUGACAGAGUAUCAGGUGGCCGUGUUUGCCGUCUAUCGCAGCUCUGCCAGUGAGGCUCUGAGAGGAAGCGCCACCACGUUGGCCCUGCCCAUGGUGAACGACCUGGAGCUGUACGACAUCACUCACAGCACAAUGAUGGUCCGGUGGAAGACCGCCGUCGGAGCUACGGGGUAUAUGAUUCUGUACGCGCCGCUGACGGAGGAAGAACCUGGAGAUGAGAAGGAGGUGAAGGUGGCAGACUCUGUGACUGAGGUGGAGCUGGAGGGGCUCACACCAGCGACAGAGUACACGGUAACCGUUUACGCUAUGUAUGGAGAGGAGGCCAGUGACCCCAUGACCAGCCAGCAGACAACAUUACCACUAAUCCCCGCAAGGAACCUCCAGUUCUCAGAGGUGGACCACAGCUCCGCCCGCCUCACCUGGGACUCCGCCUCCAAGUUGGUGAAAGGCUACCGCAUCAUGUACGUCAAGACGAGAGGAGUUCAGACCAACGAGGUGGAUGUUGGCACCGUGACAUCUUACGUGCUGAAAAACCUGACCUCCCUGACGGAGUACACUGUUGGUGUUUUUGCCAUCUAUGUAGAAGGAGAGGCGGAAGCAGUGACUGAGAGCUUCAGUACAAAGGUUGUCCCAGACCCGCUGGAUCUUAAGAGCAGCGACAUCUCCUCUGACAGCUUCAGGGUGUCAUGGCGACACCCCGCCUCUGAUGUGGUGGUGUAUAGACUCAUCUGGACACCCACAGAAGGGGGUGACAGUGAGGAGACUUUGGUGGAUGGGGACGUUAACACCUACGUCAUUAAAGGGCUGAGUCCUGAGGCUGAGUAUGAAGUCCUCCUGGCUGCCAUCUAUGGGAAUGAGGUCGAGAGUGAUGAGGUUGUUCUAAUGGAAACCACCGCUAAAAGAACUACAACUGUUGCUACAACGACCACGACGGUAGCGACUCCUCGUUUGGGUCUGAGGAACAUGAAGAUCGAUGAAGAAACAACGUUUAGUAUGCGUGUGUCAUGGCAGGCCGUGGACUCCAGAAAUGUCCGUCAUUAUCGACUGACCUACGUCACUGCAAAAGGAGACAGAGCUGAGGAGACGAGAACGGUUCCCACCGGCCAGACCAGCCUGGUCCUGCAGCCUCUCCUGUCGGAUACGGAGUACAAAGUCGCCAUCACACCUGUUUAUUCCGAGGGAGACGGACCAGUCGUUUCACAAAAGGGACGAACACUUCCUCUUUCUGCUCCUUCGAACCUGCGAGUGUCCGAGGAAUGGUACAACCGCUUCAGGAUCACCUGGGACGUUCCACCUUCGCCCACCAUGGGCUACAGAGUCGUCUAUCAGCCUCUUUCUGCCCCUGGAGCAGCUCUGGAGACCUUUGUGGGGGAGGACGUGAACACGAUGUUAAUCCUUAACCUGCUGAGUGGGACGGAGUACAAUGUCAAGGUCAUCGCCUCCUACACCACUGGAUCCAGCGAGGCUCUUUCUGGGAAGGCGAAGACCCUGUACCUUGGGGUGACUAACCUGAGUACAUAUCAAGUGAAGAUGACCAGUUUGUGCUCCCAGUGGCAGCCUCACCCACACGCCAGUGCAUACAGAGUGGCCAUUCAGUCUGUAGUUGGUAGUCAGAAGCAGGAGACCAUGCUGGGUGGUGGAGCUAGCAGACACUGCUUUAACAACCUGAAGCCCAACACGGAGUACAAGAUCAGCGUCUACGCUCGGUUAGGAGACGGGACUGAAGGACCUGCAGUAACGGCCAACACAAAAACAUUACCAGUCCCGACCCUGGCACCAGUCAAACCUCCAACCACCACUCCACCACCCACAAUCCCCCCUGCCAAGGAAGUUUGUAAGGCAGCUAAAGCAGAUCUGGUUUUCUUGGUCGAUGGUUCCUGGAGCAUCGGUGAUGAAAACUUUCUGAAAAUCAUCCGUUUUUUGCACAGCACCGUGGGAUCUCUGGACCGGAUUGGCCCAGAUGGCACACAGGUGGCUAUUGCCCAGUUCAGCGAUGACGCUAGAACCGAGUUCAAGCUGAACUCAUACAGCAACAAGGAGCGUCUGUUGGAUGCCAUCAACAAGAUCAGCUACAAGGGAGGAAACACGAAAACAGGUCGAGCCAUCCAGCACGUGAAGGAAAACAUCUUCACCGCUGAGGGAGGAAUGAGGAGGGGGAUCCCCAACGUCCUGGUGGUUCUCACUGAUGGGCGAUCGCAGGACGAUGUCAACAAAGUUUCUAAAGAGAUGCAGAUGGAAGGUUACAUCGUGUUUGCUAUCGGCUUUGCUGACGCCGACUACGGGGAGCUGGUGAGCAUCGCCAGUAAACCCAGCGACAGACACGUCUUCUUUGUGGACGACCUGGAUGCCUUCCAAAAGAUUGAAGAAAAACUGGUGACGUUUGUGUGCGAAGCUGCCACCGCUACUUGUCCGUCAAUUCCAAUGAGCGGCAGCACAACGCCAGGUUUCCAUAUGAUGGAGCUGUUUGGGCUUGUUGAGAACCGCUUCAGCAGCAUCUCUGGCGUUUCCAUGGUACCCGGCACCUUUAAUGCCUUCCCGUGUUUCCAGCUUCACAGCAAUGCUUUGCUGGCUCAGCCAACAAGGUACCUCCACCCGGAGGGGCUUCCCUCCGAUUACACCAUCACCCUGCUGUUCAGGCUGCUGCCUGACACUCCUGAGGAGCCAUUUGCUCUCUGGGAGAUCCUCAAUAAGAACAACGACCCCCUGACUGGAGUCAUUAUGGACAAUGGAGGUAAAACUCUUACAUUCUUCAACAACGACUACAAGGGAGACUUUCAGACAGUCACCUUUGAAGGAGCAGAAAUCAAAAAGCUCUUCUUCGGCAGCUUCCACAAGCUGCACAUUGCGAUCAGCAAAACGAGCGCCAAAGUAUUUGUUGACUGCAAAAUGGUUGCAGAGAAGUCAAUCAGCGCAGCAGGAAACAUCACCACGGAUGGGAUGGAAGUUCUGGGCAGGAUGGUUCGCUCCAGAGGAAACAAGGACAACUCCGCACCGUUCCAGCUCCAGAACUUUGACAUCAUCUGCAGCACCUCCUGGGCCACCAGAGACAAGUGCUGUGAACUCCCUGGCCUGAGGAAGGAGGUAGACUGCCCAGCCCUGCCUAAAGCCUGCACCUGCACACAGGACAGCAAAGGCCCCCCUGGUCCUCCUGGAGUCCCAGGAGGUCCUGGAAUCAGAGGAGCCAGAGGGGACCGAGGAGAGCCGGGCCCCGUCGGGCCAGCUGGACCAGUUGGAGACACAGGUGUACCCGGGCCUCAAGGACCUCCUGGACCACAAGGACCAAGUGGGCGCUCCAUUAUCGGACCCCCGGGGUCUAUAGGAGAGAGAGGGCAGAAAGGUGAUAUCGGCCAACAAGGCCAGCAGGGAAUUCCCGGACGACCCGGAGGUCCUGGAAGAGAAGGUCCUCCAGGAUCCAGAGGACUUCCCGGCAAAGACGGUCCACCGGGCAGACAGGGCCCCCCAGGAACCAUGGGGACCCCAGGAGCUCCGGGAUCUCCGGGAAAUCCAGGUUCUCCAGGGAAACGAGGAGAACUGGGCCCACCGGGUCUUCCUGGAAACAAAGGAGAAAGAGGUGAACGGGGUGACCUGCAGUCAACAGCAUCAGUUCAGGCCAUCGCCAGGGAAGUGUGUGAGCAGCUGAUCCAAACUCACAUGUCUCGCUACAACUCCAUCCUGAAUCAUGCACCCAGUCCACCGGUGUCCAUCCGCACGGUGCCUGGGCCUCCAGGGGAACCUGGUCGACAGGGAGCCCCAGGAUCACAGGGAGAGCAAGGACCUCCAGGAAGACCGGGCUUCCCAGGACAGAAUGGGCAGAAUGGAAAUCCAGGAGAAAGAGGUCAACCAGGAGAAAAAGGGGAGAAAGGAUCUCCAGGUGUUGGUGUCCAGGGCCCCAGAGGACCCACCGGAGCUCCUGGCCCACAAGGACAAGGCAGACCUGGUAAUCAGGGUCCAACAGGACGGCCAGGGAAUCCUGGAACGCCUGGUCGGCCUGGAGUUCCUGGACCAGUUGGUCCACCGGGGCCUCCGGGAUACUGUGACCAGAACUCCUGUUUGGGCUACAAUGUUGGAGCUCAGCCUUAUAACGACUACUGAGCCCCGUUAGGAAACACCCAAAGAAAUGACAGCUGCAAGGCUGCAGACUAACGUGGGUGAGGAGGUUGUGUCAGUGCAACAUGAGGGUAUCACUUACUGCUGUGGUCACUUUAUUGACAAAUCAUUAUCAAUUUAAUGAUCAGGUCAUGUAUUUAUGGAAAAAUGUCAAGCAGUUUCUGUAAAUGUUCACAUUUGUUCGUAACCACUGUGUCAUUUUAUAAAGUGCAGCUACUCUUUUUUUUUAUGCUGCAGCUUAUGUCAGAAAUAAUAAUAGUUCAAUAUUUACCAGGUUUUAAAAUGAUUUGAAUCUCACCUCGUGUGUACAAACACUCAAAAUAAACAGAAAAAAGUUCUUAACUCAUUCACUGCCAGCCGUUUCCUGAUCACUAACGGCCUUCGCUGCCAGCGUUUCUCACCGUUUUUACUGUUUUUUAAGAGUCACAGAACGUUGCGUGCUAGCAUGAUGUCGAUGCCAAAACAACCAAAACAAAGAGGAGACUCACCUCUUACAUCAGGAAGAAGCCGCAUGUUUCGAGCGUUAUCCGUUCUUUCAUAAUCCGUUGUCGAAUUGUGAUCGGCAGACUCUUUUCCGGUUCGCGCCUCACUUUUUUUACAGGAACGGCCCAAAACGAUCUCCUAACACAUGGAUGGUCUGCUUCCUGAUCAUGUGAUCUGUGACGUAUGCGGAUGAAGAUCGGCUUCAGGGCUGAGAUGUUUGUUCUCUCAGCGCGGGGACUCGUUCCGAUGCUCAGCCAGUAAAAAAAUGCAAAUGACGACUUUAGUCGUCAUUGGCAGUGAAUGAGUUAAAAUAUGACCAGUCAGAGUUGCAUAUUCCUUCGACCCUCAUGAUCUGCAUUAGCCACUGAACGGAAAUAACGUUAGCAUUAGCAGGUCCACCACACAGCAGAACACCUUUUUUUUACCCAAAGAAGAAGAGUGAACAGUGGCAGAGUUGCUCUGCUAUUAGCCAUCCUGCCAUUUGUCUGCCCCCCACCCCCCCACCCCCAAACUCUCUGACAAAUUAUACCCUCAGAAAGGGCAACAACGGAUCUUUUUUUUCACCAAAGACGACUCACACGACAUUCAUUCAUACUAAAGACCACAUUAACAUGAUAUGUAAUAAUUGUUAUUUGAAUGCACUACAAGAAAUACAGAACCAUGCACUUUAAACAUGUAACCCAAGUAGAAGCUUGACCAUAAUACACAUAAUGCUAGAUGAUUGGUGAAAACAGCUUAUAGCUGUCAGCACGGUGGUGGAGGGCUGAUGAUUUGGGCACAUUGCUGUCACAGAGUCAGUCAGUAGCACUUUUGUAUACUAAAGUAUUCUAGAGUCAAAUGUGAGGCCUAAUCCAAAAUCUAAAAUUAGCUUCUUUUUUUUUCCUCUCCUUUUUUUCUGGUAUUGUUAAAGAAAUGAAGACAAUGUAGAAUAUUCUCUGGUGGUUUCCAUUUGUGGAUGUAUUUGAAUCAUUUUGAAACUUGGUAAAGAUUAUUUUUAUUUGCAAAUCAAAAGUUAUAAAAACAUUAAAAACCUUAAAAUUAUUUAAACAUUUUAAUUAUAAUGUUUGCUGGGUUUUAUUGUUAUUUUGAUACUUUAUGAAUUUGUAGUUGUUGUUUUUUUAAUGUUAGAAAAAUGUGAAGAACCCAUUAACCAAGGAAAAUGGAUUUUGUUUCUGUAAUAAAUACAAACUAUACCUGUGAACGUUACAUACCCAGUAUGCUUUAUUAUGAUUGGUUAUUAGCUGUUUUGGGGAGUUUUAGUUGGACGUUUGCUGAAAGUGUUAGUCCUUUUCACUGACACCGUCGUCCUUGCCUGACCCAAUGCCUCUUCUUUAACCCACAGUCUUCUUUCACUACCAACAAACAUCUGUAGCACAAUUGACCUCUUUAAAGCAACUAAAAGACUUUAUAUCAAACAUUUUCUGAUUCAUGUUUUGCAUAUUUUAACUCAGAAGUCUCAAUUAAUUGUGAGCUAAUAGAUAACAAAUUUAAUACACUGAAUCCUUUUAAAAGUAGCUCAUUCUAACUUUGAAUUUCUUCUACCUGCUUUUGGGAUCACCUCUCUGUAACCUUGGUAACCAUGGCUUGGAGAUCCUUGCUAAUCCUUGUCUUUUUAUUUCUCCUGCUCCUUCCUUCCUGGUCCUUUAUGCUAACCCGAACAAAACCUCUCCGAAACACUGUUUCCAUGGUGAUGGGGCUCGUCCAUCUUUGUUUGGGGCUUCCACUGACUUCCGCUCCGCCUGUCUGGCUUGGUGUUGGUGUUCCUCGAUGUCCCGUUGACUGUCUGGGAAAGCAGAAGGUGAGGAUAUCACUGACGUCGGCGCUAUCCCCUCAGUCCAACUACCGCCCAGCGUCUUCCAAAACUACGGAGAGGUGGAGGAGGAUGACCCUUAUCGCUACUACCAGCCCAACUACCCAGCCCCGCAACCUGUCUCCCCAGACGACCCUGCACUCGCAUUUGAUGACAUCGAACUGCGGUCUCCCGGAGUGCACCGCAGCACGCGGAGCCUAAAGGCGGAGGGAGAGAAAACGGGGUCAAA